GAGGGGGGAAGUGGAGAAAGAGAGAGAGAAAAGCUUGGCCCGACUUACAAGUGGAGACGACGAAUAGGUAAAGAACGGAGCUUUAAAGAAACAUGCCAAGAAAACGGGCAUUAGAAAAAGGUGACAUUUUAAAAGCGAAACGGACAAAAGUUAGCCAUUGCUCCCACCAAAGUGAGCCAGGAUUGGUGUUGACCCUGGGACAAGGUGAUCUCGGACAGCUGGGCCUUGGACCAGAUGUGCUGGCACGGAAGAGGCCCGCCGUGGUGCAGCUCCCUGAGAAAAUUAUCCAAGCUGAGGCAGGCGGGGUUCAUACAGUGUGUCUGAGCGAAACAGGCAAGAUCUAUACUUUUGGCUGCAAUGACGAGGGGGCCCUGGGGAGGGACACUUCAGAGGAAGGGUCUGACGCUGUGCCGGGCUUGGUGGAUCUGAAGGAGAAGGUGGUGCAGGUGUCAGCGGGGGACAGCCACACGGCAGCGUUGACAGAAGAUGGACAUGUCUUCAUUUGGGGUGCUUUCCGGGAUGAAAAUGGCGUCAUUGGUUUACUAGCCCCUCCGAAAGGCGAAGAGAAUUUGGAGUCUAUCAAUGGCAGCUUAUUCCCAGUAGAACUACAGUUGGAUGUCCCAGUUGUUAAAAUUGCCUCUG